AUGGGAUCUCUAGAGGGAUGUAAACAAAAUGCAGCUCUGGGUAAACCUUGCCCAUAGGUAAUGAUCUAGGAUCAGCUUACCGUCACCGAAUCCUAACUUUCAUCAAUAGUGGGAAAAAAACCAAACUGACCAUAGAUCAGCUUGUAAGGGCAAUUUCAUUCAUGGAUGCAUCCGAAAUGGCACCCUAUUAUCUUUGUAGGUAGAUUUUCAAUUGGGCAAAAGUCCCAUGUGACCCGGAAACCGAUAAGUGGUCACUAUAUGUUGCUAUAUGUAGGAGAGUGUCAAUUUGUUAAUAGGUGAGCGGAGGAGAUUCCUCCUCUCCUCGAUUGCCUCUGAAGUGCAUCCUCUGUGUAUCCUCCACGGAAGAGUUUCGAAAUCUGCCACACCCCCUUUGAAUCCGCUGUUGUUUACUCAGAGGAGAAAAGCAUGCACACAUUUAAAAAUGAUACGUUACUUAUCCUUUUAUCUAUAGAAUGUCUAGCACAACAAGCUACAUUUAUUUUUAUCACUUUACACAUACAUUUUUCUGAUUCCAUCUCUGUACACGUAUAGUAAUUUGCGUGAUGACGUGCGAGUGGAGAAAUCUCAUUUGGAGAGUGUCAUUUCACACAAGUGCAUUUGUUUCCACAUUUCCUCCCCUCCUCGAUUAUCUUUGACCUUUUUCAAAAGUAGGCAAGGAGAGGACGGAAGAGAGGACAUGAGGAGUCGAGCAAAACUAAUUGAGAAUCUCCCAUAGUGUGCUAUCUUUGACCAGGGGCCAUAGCGCACUAGAAAUGGAAUAGGGUGCCAUUUGGGAUGCAAAUAAAUUGCUGUAUAAUGGCUCUGACUGCUUAUCCUGCCCCCUGUUGUCCAGGUGCGGACCUGCAGGUGUGCCAGCCCAUAGGCCUGACGUGCUGUUCCAGGAGGAUGGAGGAACGCUACCAAGUGGCUGCCAGGCAGAAUAUGGAGUCAGGUCUGCAGACAGCCAGCGCACCGCUGAAACUCCUCAUCAUCCAUAACGCAGCUCUCUUCCAAGGUGAGCAUGUUUCUAAUGUGUGUCUGUCCAUCUCAGCUGAACUUGGGUGGAGUAGUGACUACAUUGAAGAGGAUCAGAAAUUCAAGGUUCAAUUAAUGUCAUUUCUCAACAAUUAUCAUUUUGCUUUACCAUUGUUACCAAAUGUUUGCUGCUGCUUAAUGAAAAUGUACUGCAUGUAUUUAAUGUACUGUAGAUUGAUAUGUUUAGCAUUUAAAAUCGAUUUUUCUGUUACUGAGAGAUAAUUUUACUGAGCAUGCAGUCUGUUCUGUAUGACAAGUGUUUACUGUGUUGUGGAAAUUACCACUAAGGACAAAGUCAAAGUGAAAUGAACAGAUCUUUAUUAUCACGGCCGGAGAGGUUACAACAAACUUAAUACUCAAAGUACAAGUCUGUCAGAAGCUCUGAAGGGGUGCUCCCCUUCAGCACUCUUUAUACUCAUGCACAAACUAGUUGUCUCUGCUCUCAGGGUGCAAUAAGCUGAUAAUGACCUUGCACACAUAGUUUCUAGGCGUUGGGCCAACGUGACAAUGUGUUACCUUCUUUCUGUUCUUCUUCUAUCAGUCCUUUCCUUGAGAGCAAAGUCACAGAACAUCCUAACACAACUAUCAGGAAACAACACGCUACAUGUAGUCACGCAUGUGCAGAGACACAGAGGACACAAAAACAUCCACUACACUCCCUCCUUCUAUCACCAUAUUUGAUAACAAAAAUGUAUUUUACUUCUUAACAUGCAUUCAGUCUAUCAUCAGGAGUGCAUUUAGUAAAUACUGAUUGUUUCAUACAAUACGUAUAACAAUAGACAAAAAUCUGUCUUCAUAUUUGAUCCUCUUUCCAUGACCCUUUACAUUAUAAGGUUGCUGUCAUUUAACAACCUAACUUAAAACCUUCAGGUACUGAAUCAAACAUGGAUACUAACUCAUUCUUGCAUAUUAUCAACCAUUAUAGGGGGAAAGGUGAGUUCCUGGAGAGACAGCAAGUUAUCAGUAUCACCUUCUUUAGUAGCAUUGAACAUGAUAGUUGCUGAGACUCGAGUUGCCAGGGAAGUACAAAUGGCCUUACAACAAGAAAGCAAAAUGAUCAAACACAUUAAACAGAAGAUUCAAGCUAUCACCCACUGAGCUAUCUGGUAGCCCCAAGCUCCAAAGAGGCCUUUCAGCCAACCAGUCUCUGAUUCCCCGAAAUGAAAUUUUGCAACAGUGGCAAAGUAGUUAGCAAGAGCAGUCACAUUUGAUGACACAUCUGGGACAAAAGUGCAGCAUUCAUCGCCAAUGAGUGCACAAGUAGUGACAGUAUUGGGACAGCGAAAUUCUUAAGUUCACACCCAAGGGAACCCCUACAUAUGGGAGACCCUUACCUGCUCCCACAGGACCCAACCCACAUACCCAACAAGAAGUCUUAUAUGAGGUGACAUUUGCCACCAUUUCAGCUCGAGAGAGGAACAGAUUCUCUCCCUCAUCUUGACCUUUUACUUCUCUUUUCCUUCGGCUGACUUCCCUUCUGGACCACUACUCCUGGUCUGCGGUGGUCUCUUUGGCUCGGGACUUUCAUCUUCACCUGAACAGUCACCCACUGGAGGGCAACCAACUGUUCCAAUCAACAUAAUGGUGCAGAUCCAGACAGGCAGGCCACACAGCCUAAGGGAUGGGACUCCCACCAUCCUCCUCAGGGGCAGGAACUCGUCUGCAGUGCGAGACAUGAAUCCAGGUGUCCCUCUUAGCUACCUUUACCGCAGUCGGGGUGGUCAGCAAAACCUGAUAUGGUCCUCUCCAAUGAGGAUCCUUCCAGCUCUUCCUUCUGUAGUCUUUUACCACCACGAAGUCUCCAGGGUGCAGACAAUGCUCAGUUCCUCCUGAUAGGUUGGGCAGAGAAGCCUUCACCCGUGGGAAGAGAGUCUUAAGAGCAUUGUUAAGCUAGACAAAGUAUGCUACCAUGUCUUCUUCCAUUCCCUGCAACAUCAACCUGUUUUGAGGAAAUGGUGUGUUAGUCAUUGUCAAGGGUCGCCCUGUCAGCAUCUCAUGGGGAGAGAGACCAGUCACUGAGUGGAAUCGGCCUCUCAUGCUCAUCAUUGCCAAUGGAAGCACCUUCACCUAUGUCAGGCUUGUUUCAUCAAUCAGUUUAAUCCAUUUAUUUUUUAGGGUUUGGUUUGCCUGUUCUACCACACCCCCAGAUUGAGGAUGAUAGGCACAAUGGGUUCUCAAAUCAAUAUGUAAUGACUCUAAUAGGGACUGAACAAUCUUAUUCACAAAAUGUCGACCAUUGUCGGAGGAGACUUUUGACGGCAGACCCCACCUUUGAUUGAUCUCUCUCAGAAGAGCCUUUGCCACAGCUGCUGCUGUAGCUGUCAAUAAUCACCAAACAAUAUGUGUUCCCCUCACAAGGGGUCAACUCAAUGAAGUCCAUCAUCAAGUGCUCAAAGGGGCCCUCUGGCCUGGGAUGGGAUACGGGGAAACUGAAAUGCCGCGUCCAACAUUAUUAGUCAUACAGAUCCACCAUUCCUCCUUUUGGCACAUGGUCUUUACCAAGGUAUUGGAAAGUACAACGGGGCAUGGCAGGUCUAUUAGAAUCAUCAAGCCAUUUACACAAGCUGUCCUUGUGACAGUGUUCAGCCCACCGCCUUUUCUCAGUCGCAUCAGCUACUGCCUGCAAAACAACAACAUCAUUAGGAGAGAAGGGGUUAGUGGGAACAGGAACAUGCCUCGGAUAACAGUGUCUAAACGCUUAGAGUAGUACUCCACAUGCCUAUAGCCAACUCUGUGGUACUGUGUCAACACAGCAGACAUAAACCCAUGAUUCUCAGAGACAAAAAGAUGGAAUGGUUUGGUCUGGUCAGGCAAACCCAAACAGGGGGUCGAAAUUAGAGCCUGCUUUAACUUAAUCAAGGCUAAUUCAGCCUCAGGUGUCUCUUCCACCACUUCAGACAUUUCCAUCUUUCUGCCAUAAAUACAAUCCUGCAGAGGCUGUACUGUCUCAGCAUAGUCUUUCAACCAUGGGAGACCACAGUGUGGGACAGCACCUGUUACUUCAUACAGUGCUCUCUGUACAUAAGACAGCAAAACUCCGGCCGCUGUAAAUUCCUCACCAUAGUAUAUUCCAUCAAUUGUCACUUCCACUCUGCUUUUCUGCUUGUCCAUCUUUGUUGAUAUUCAGGGACUUCUUCACACAAGGGGACAGCUGCUGUGCAGUGAAGAUGUUCCGGGACCUCCCAUGCACAGUGGUGUGGGGAGGUAAGUGCUCUCUCGUAGUUCACCUUCCACCUCAGGAUCGUUCAAAUGCCAGGCAUAAUAACACUGGGACAUGCACAGGGAUAUCCCGUUUGUAUGGGAACGGAGGGACAAGCCCUCAGCAGUGCAUGCAACAGUCAGAUUCAUCUUGCACAUCAGAUCUCUUCCCAGCAGGUUUACAGGGCAGGCGGAGGAGUACAGAAAUCGAUGUUUCCAACUUCCAUCUUCCCAUUUAACAUGUAGGGGGUAAGUGAGGCAUUCUUCAGAGGGAAUUCCUGAUGCUCCAACAGUUUGGAUUCUUUUUUUUAGAGGGGAUUACUUUCAGGGCAGAUUGUUUCAACACCAAGAUAGCAGCCCGGUGUCCACUAGGAAUGGAAUCUUCUGGCCAAGUAUUUACAUUUCUAUCAGGGGAUUUUCAGUCGAAAAGGUGGUAAGUUUCAGUAUCUGGCAUGCUUCUUGUGGUUCUUCAUCAUCGGAGUCUUCUUCUGUUUCCACCUCAUCCUAUGUUCUUUGCCCACCAAAGGGAUUUCCAACCCUUACAUCUUCAGGUGGUCCUGACCAUUCACCCUGGUCAUCUCCAUCACCAGGACAGUCCCUUGCAAAAUGUCCUGGCUUGUCGCAGGCCAGUAAAUACAGCAUGGCACAGCAGGCUGCCAUAUGAUUCUUGGUCAGGGUUCAGACCAGAGUGCUGGAGGAAGAUCUUCUCCAUUCGUUCCUGAUAGUCCUCAAAGCUCUCAUCAGCUUUCAUCAAGGUGGAAUGCAUUUUCUGCCAGUCUGUGUGCUUUGGGUAUGUUGUCUUUACAUUAUCAAACACAGCAGUGAGUUGGUCAGCACGGUUGGCUCUGGUUGCAUCACUGUUCCAGCCUCCCUUACACUGGUGUCACUUGAACUUCAAACACCAACAGAGUAUUUCCUCAAUUUCACAGGUGGUGGAGUUACAAAUGGCAAUGAUUGCUCUCACCUCUUCUUCAAACUUCACAGCAUCUUUUGCAAGGUCAGUCACUUCCUUUACAAUGGCUUUCACCUCAUCCACAUCCCAGAGUGGAUCCACAGUCAUAGCAGCUCCCCCCUGAGGGUUUGGAUAUGAUAUCAGGGGGAAAAACGUAUUGAGUGGGGGCUGCUCGUCUCCUUUGCGGUCUUUAUCAUCAUCAUCAGAGCUGGAUUCUGGAGGGUUGUCGCCGUUGUCCCUUUGUCUUUGUCUAAGGUCGUAGUCAGUAUUUGGUUUUGGCCUUAUCUUGGGUUUUUCAUAUUUUUUGGGUUUCACCUCUUCUACUUCAGCUCCCGCCCCCUGCCCAUAAUAGGCUGGGGGUGGCUACGGUGCGGGCAGGCUCUAUGGUUGUGGAACUGGCCUAUUCCCGGGGUUCACUGGUCUGGCAGCCAUGUGCUGGAUUUGGCCUGGCUGUUGGUCACCCGCACCAAGAGGUCCUCCCAGAAGUAGCAGAGUGGUGGUGGUGGCGGUGCUGUUGCCAAAAUUGGAUACAGUUGGUCAAACUCUUCUCUCAGCCUUCUACUUCUCUCAUCUUCCUUUUGUUUGCGUUCAUCUUUCUCUUGCACUUGUUUUACCAUCAGUCCUUUUACUGUUUUCUCCUUCAGAGAAUCCGCUUCUCUCUCCCACUUUCUAAAAUCAUCCCACUUCACUUUAAUCUUCUUAUUACUUUUCCAGCUGCUUUCUUAUAAACCAUCAUCAGUCCAUGCUGUCCAAUCUUCUGUCUGGCACAGUACCCUGUUACAAAACUUUUUUACCAUCACUUUACUGGGUCCCUUUGGUGCCCAAUCUGGGUCUUCAUAUCUACUUUUACUGUUUCCUUUUCCCAUAAUUACUUUUUAAUGAUAUCUUGUCAAUCUACUUGCUCUAACAAUUAUCACACUUAAACCACAAUCAUUCUGGGAACUAAUUUCCUUUUUUCAGUAAAUUAAUCAAUCAUACAAAAAUCGUUCCACUCAAUCACUUAAUAUUCUUAAAUUCUUUAAGAUGGAGUUCCCAGAACUUCUAUGGAGUUCCCAGAACUUCCAUGUAGUUCCCAGAACUACGUAAGUGUCGUGACGUGACUUACUUUAAUGUAUGACUGUUAUUUAUCGAAUCAACGAACUAUGUUUAAUUGUCACUCGAUUAAAUUAAUCAUGUAACAAUUAACUCAUUAGGAAUUUAGGGCACCACGGAAGAAGUUGUUUAACGAGUUACCAUCUCCCGAAUUAAACUCUUAGAUAUACACUACCAUUCAAAAGUUUUUAGUCACUUAGAAAUGUCCUUGUUUUCGAAAGAAAAGCAAUUUCUGUCCAUUACAAUAACAUCAAAUUGAUCAGAAAUACAGUGUAGACAUUGUUAAUGUUGUAAAUGGCUAUUGUAGCUGGAAAAGGCUGAUUUUUAAUGGGAUAUCUACAUAGGCGUACAGAGGCCCAUUAUCAGCAACCAUCAGUCCUGUUUUCCAAUGGCACAUUGUGUUUGCUAAUCCAAGGCUAAUUGAUCAUUAGAAAACCCUUUUGCAAUUAUGUUAGCACAGCUGAAAACUGUUGUGCUGAUUAAAGAAGCAAUAAAACUGGCCUUCUUGAGACUAGUUGAGUAUCUGGAGCAUCAGCAAUUGUGGGUUCGAUUACAGGAUCAAAAUAGCCAGAAACAAAUAACUUUCUUCUGAAACUCGUCAGUCUAUUCUUGUUCUGAGAAAUGAAGGCUAUUCCAUGCGAGAAAUUGCCAAGAAACUGAAGAUCUCGUACAACACUGUGUACUACUCCCUUCACAGAACAGCACAAACUGUCUCUAACCAGAAGAGAAAGAGGAGUGGGAGGCCCCGGUGCACAACUGAGCAAGAGGACAAAUACAUUAGAGUGUAUAGUUUGAGAAACAGACGCCUCACAGGUCCUCAACUGGCAGCUUCAUUAAAUAGUACCCGCAAAACACCAGUGUCAACGUCAACAGUGAAGAGGCGACUCCGGUAUGCUGACCUUCUAGGCAGAGUUGCAACACCUAUGCAGAUAUUCCAUUAAUUUAGUUUAUCAGCUACAAUAGCCAUUUACAACAUUAACAAUGUCUACACUGUAUUUCUGAUUAAUUCGAUGUUAUUUUAAUGGACAAAAAAAUGCUUUUCUUUCAAAAACAAGAACAUUUCUAAGUGACCCUAAACUUUUGAACGGUAGUGUAUGUAUGUAUGUUAUAUAUCGAUAACAGUCACUUUAUUUUUAUUUUUAUUUUUUUGUUUUCUGUAUUUUUAAUUAAUUUAUUAUUAUUAUUUUAUUUUUAUUUUUAUUUUUUUUACACACACAGCCUCAAUCAUCUCAUCUAGAAUGCUGAAAUCACAUUGUUAUCUUCACAAAAGCAUUAUUAUACUCAAUAAUUCGUUGUAUACAACAAUUAGAUGCAAACCUCAUAACUGGGAAGUGUUCACCCCCAGAGAUACAGGUAUGUUGUUCCACAGUCUUUAAUGACAUCACAACAUAGUAACGAAUUUGAUAUGAUUGUUCUUUAAGUCCCCACCGACCAUUUCCCAUAUUUUUUGAAGUAGGAAUAUUGUUUCAUUAUCCACUUUUGGAUGUUGGAGUCUUAGCGGGAAGACUUCCUUUGUUCCACAGGGAAACUCCCUCUCCCAAUACUGCAUGGCAUGGAAAAUAACUUUUCUGUAAGGAAUUUACGACCGGUCAUAAAACUGGCCCCCAGGAAAGGGGGUGUUCAAACCUUUGCCUAGCCGGCAUCUUUGAUCCUCAAUCCAUGACGGCAAGUCAUGACAUAAGUAUUCCCCGAAUACCUACAGACAACGUUGCCAACGGGGUCUCUCUACCCCCGCCUAGUCCUCUCUUGAGACUCUGGAUCCUUUUCUAAGCUUCUCAAAACAGUUCUUAUUGUUCAAAAUUCAUUUAAAUUGACUUACUGAAAUUCAGUUGUCAGUCCUUCUAGGUUUCGUAGAUGAUGUGUUUUCUCCUGGGUAACCCACAGUGAGUGUCUGGUCUGGGCGGGUCCUCAUUGUCUUUGGUCAGACGGGAAUUUCCCUUGCACGCCUUCACAUGGAAUGCGCCACAGGUGUUCCCUAACAGACCCUCACUGCUGAGCUCCACAGGUAGAGCAAUCAUCCUGUUUUGUGACGCCAAAUUGUCAUGGAAAUUACCAUUAAGGACAAAGUCAAAGUGAAAUGAACAGAUCUUUAUUAUCACGGCCGGAGAGGUUACAACAAACUUAAUACUCAAAGUACAAGUCUGUCAGAAGCUCUGAAGGGGUGCUCCCCUUCAGCACUCUUUAUACUCAUGCACAAACUAGUUGUCUCUGCUCUCAGGGUGCAAUAAGGUGAUAAUGACCUUGCACACAUAGUUUCUAGGCGUUGGGCCAACGUAACAAUGUGUUACCUUCUUUCUGUUCUUCUUCUAUCAGUCCUUUCCUUGAGAGCAAAGUCACAGAACAUCCUAACACAACUAUCAGGAAGCAACACACUACAUGCAGUCACGCAUUUGCAGAGACACAGAGGACACAAACAAAAUCCACUACAACCGCCAGAGAGUGGACUACAGGACCAUACAUUACAACGGGGACACUCUUGGGUAGUGACUAGCAAGACGUCUUGACAUGCCAAUUAAAUGUUUUCAGCUAUACAUUUUAGGACACCGAUGUCCAGACCACUGUAAAUGUUUUCUAAUUUGAAACAUAAUAACAAAAAAUAUAUAUAUUUUGUACACAAUAAAGAAAAUCAAUUACCGGUCAACAUCUAAAUAUUGCUCCAAGCGUUGAUCAAAGCUUAGAAUGCUUAUAUUCUUGAUCGCGCCUGCCUUAUUGCGAACGAGUGGAAUCAUGAACAGUGGUUUGUUUCUAAAUGCUUCUACAUGUGGAUGCUACCAUGAUAACGGAAACACAGUUUGACAUUCAAUUAGUUUGAGGUCACUUUCACACUAUUAUUCUUUUUUGGGGAGAGAGUGGAAUUCCAUCCUUCUUCCAAUUUUUUAUUCAGACAGUAGAGAACAAGAUGGAGAGACGGUAGGAUGAGAGAUGGCUAACUGGAAAGGCGGUAGUGGGGAUCAGAACCCACAACCUUUGGGGCUCUGACACAUGCGUUGUGUUGGGAGUAUUACCACUCAACCACACAACUUUCACACCAUUCCCUUUUAUUGCUAUUACUCGGUCGCGUUGUUGCCAUUGUUAUCAAUGUUCUACAGAUGCCGCAACAUAUUGGUGUCCGGCAGAUGGUAAUGCUCAGUCUUUCUGAUUGGGGGCUAAUGACUGUUUCGUCAAAAUUACACUAUAGUGGCCUGGAAAUACGAUGACAUUGCUAAAGUAGACAAAUAAUUAGCAGAAAAAACUUUGCCAUCAUUAUGAUGUCGUCAAGUUUACAUUAGAGAGAUGAAAAUGUUGCCAUGAGCUAGCAAAGUUUGUCAUAAAUAGCUAGCAAUGCAAAAGUUAGCUAGCUAAAAUGUUGGUGCUCUCCCCUUAAAUCUUAACUAGCAAAGCUGUCAUCAAGGCAAAGGGUGGCUAUUUGAAGAAUCUCAAAUAUAAAAUAUAUUUUGAUUUGUUUAACACUUUUUUGGUUACUACAUGAUUCCAUAUGUGUUAUUUUAUAGUUUUGAUGUCUUCACUAUUAUUCUACAAUGUAGAAAAUUGUAAAAAAUAAAGACAAACCAUUGAAUGAGUAGGUGUGUCCAAACUUUUGACUGGUACUGUAUAUGAUGCUCUUCUGGGUUGAGGAUCAAGUUUUACUUGGAAGAAUUACUUUUAGUAAAAUAUUUACAUAAUAUAAACUAUGACAGUCAGCAGAGUGCAAAUUAUAUCAUGACAUAUGGGGGGGCUGCUUUUUUUUCACUGUACUUCCUAUUUUAUAUGGGCCUAGUACAGUGAGGGGAAAAAAGUAUUUGAUCCCCUGCUGAUUUUGUACGUUUGCCCACUGACAAAUAAAUGAUCAGUCUAUAAUUUUAAAGGUAGGUUUAUUUGAACAGUGAGAGACAGAAUAACACAAAAAAAAUCCUGAAAAACGCAUGUCAAAAAUGUUAUAAAUUGAUUUGCAUUUUAAUGAGGGAAAUAAGUAUUUGACCCCUCUGCAAAACAUGACUUAGGACUUGGUGGCAAAACCCUUGUUGGCAAUCACAGAGGUCAGACAUUUCUUGUAGUUGGCCACCAGGUUUGCACACAUCUCAGGAGGGAUUUUGUCCCACUCCUCUUUGCAGAUCUUCUCCAAGUCAUUAAGGUUUCGAGGCUGACGUUUGGCAACUCAAACCUUCAGCUCCCUCCACAGAUUUUCUAUGGGAUGAAGGUCUGGAGACUGGCUAGUCCACUCCAGGACCUUAAUGUGCUUCUUCUUGAGCCACUCCUUUGUUGCCUUGGCCGUGUGUUUUGGGUCAUUGUCAUGCUGGAAUACCCAUCCACAACCCAUUUUCAAUGCCCUGGAUGAGGGAAGGAGGUUCUCACCCAAGAUUUGACGGUACAUGGCCCCGUCCAUCGUCCCUUUGAUGCGGUGAAGUUGUCCUGUCCCCUUUGCAGAAAAACACCCCCAAAGCAUAAUGUUUCCACCUCCAUGUUUGACGGUGGGAAUGGUGUUCUUGGGGUCAUAGGCAGCAUUCCUCCUCCUCCAAACACGGCGAGUUGAGUUGAUGCCAAAGAGCUCAAUUUUGGUCUCAUCUGACCACAACACUUUCACCCAGUUCUCCUCUGAAUCAUUCAGAUGUUCAUUGGCAAAUUUCAGACGGGCAUGUAUGUGUGCUUUCUUGAGCAGGGGGACUUGGCGGGCGCAGCAGGAUUUCAGUCCUUCACGGCGUAGUCUGUUACCAAUUGUUUUCUUGGAGACUAUGGUCCCAGCUGCCUUGAGAUCAUUGACAAGAUCCUCCCGUGUAGUUAUGGGGCUGAUUCCUCACCGUUCUCAUGAUCAUUGCAACUCCACGAGGUGAGAUCUUGCAUGGAGCCCCAGGCCGAGGGAGAUUGACAGUUAUUUUGUGUUUCUUCCAUUUGCGAAUAAUCGCACCAACUGUUGUCACCUUCUCACCAAGCUACUUGGCGAUGGUCUUGUAGCCCAUUCCAGCCUUGUGUAGGUCUAUAAUCUUGUCCCUGACAUCCUUGGAGAGCUCUUUUGUCUUGGACAUGGUGGAGAGUUUGGAAUCUGAUUGAUUGAUUGCUUCUGUGGACAGGUGUCUUUUAUACAGGUAACAAGCUGAGAUUAAGAGCACUCCCUUUAAGAGUGUGCUCCUAAUCUCAGCUCAUUACCUGUAUAAAAGACACCUGGGAGCCAGAAAUCUUUCUGAUUGAGAGGGGGUCAAAUUUUUAUUUCCCUCAUUAAAAUGCAAAUCAAUUUAUAACAUUUUCUACAUGCGUUUUUCUGGAUAUUGUUGUUAUUCUGUCUCUCACUGUUCAAAUAAACCUACCAUUAAAAUUAUAGACUGAUCAUUUCUUUGUCAGUGGGCAAACGUACAAAAUCAGCAGGGGAUCAAAAACUUUUUUCCCUCACUGUAGUACAUAUGUAGCUUAACGGUAAUAAUGUAUUAUCUUUUAAUGUGGCAUGAACACAACAAGUCAUGAUGUUUCCAUCUGAUUGUCGAACAAAUCACUUAAAAAAAGUAGGCUACCUAUGCAUGUUCAUCCACUCCAAAUUAAUUCCAGCAUCCAAACAGUGCACUGUGCACCCACCAUUUGAUGAAUGGAGAGAGACAUCUGCUACAAAACACCAAAAAGUGUAUUGACAUUCAACGAUUGUCAUUAGGCCUACACUCUUGAGCCUGAAUUAAUUGAUGUGUCUUGCUGACAAAUUGACCUUUUUUGUAAUAAGAAAAGUUGGGACUCCUGAAAAGGUGCUGAAAUACAGCUGUGUCUGUCCCAAGCUCAUUGGUGCGGGAAACUGUGAGGGCCCAGUUGAAACAAUGUUGCAAGACAGGUGGAAUAAAGAAAUGAAUGUGACAAACAUUGCAUUGUGAUUGAAAGAGUCUGAACAAACUGUCACUGGUUUAAACCAUGGCAGAGAGGUGGGGGUGUUCAUUUAAUUUCGAAUAAGCUUUUAUUUUCAUAUUUUACCACUGUAGCAGUACAAAAUUGCAUUUUAAACAAAUAGGAGAAUGGAUCAAUUAGAGCCCCCCAAAGUUGGACUUUUGUGGCAUUUAGGAGAGCUCAUCACUCAUUCGAGUGAGAUGGCAGCAUGUACUUUGACUUGAUGGACCAGUGGAGUUCAUAUUGAUUCAUCAUUAGCGCCAUCCUCUCACUCUCAAUGAUUGCCUCUCACUGAAAGGCCUGAUGUUAUCCAAGUUGUUUGAAAAUGAAAAUCCUUCAACAUUAGUAGGACAGUUGACGCUCAUCUUCAAAUCUAAUCUUUUGAAAAUGAAAAGCUGAUGCUGGCAUGCUGAGAAUGUAAUUUCCUAAAUUAUGAAAUAUGAUACUGCUGAUGAACUUGUUAUUAUCAUCAGCUUCUGCAAGCCAUCGCCAAACUAGCCUGAGGUUAAUUUGAUAUCUUAGUUUCUUAAUACCGGUGAAGUGACUUGGGUGAUUAUUAUUAUAGUAGCCUACCUUUAUGGAGUGAAAAGUGAUUCGGAGAGAGGGAGAGUUGUUAUGUCGGUCAGCAGCACUAAAAAGCUAAUCAGUGCCGGUGUUUGGUUUCGCUAUGUCCAUCAAAGUGACUGACAGCUCCAAUUCCUGUCAGGCCUGCAGUAAUGUGUACUUUAGAGCAGUUCCAGUGAUGGGUGGAGGGGGGGUGGAGGUGCAAGAGCCUCACUUAGAACCAACCAUUAUGGAGGGAAUGUUGGGGAGGGGACACAACUUGCCCUUAUUCAAAAUGAGAUGAAAGAGUUGAAAAAAAUCCUUUGUUUAAAGUAUUUUCUAUUAAAUGUGGUGUGACUGAUGCAUUUUCAAUUAUUCAUUUUCACUCUCAAAUGUACUCUUCUCUUGAUGAUAUGUUGGGGAUCAUAAGCCUACUGUUUGUAUUUGUGUGAAGAAGCGAAGAAGCUAACACAGUAGCUGAGUGGAGUUUCGACGGAGGGGGACUUGGAGCAUUAUUUAUAUCUCAGCACAUGGGGAAAAGGCUAAAUAACACACUCACAAAUGAGCCUCUCUCCUGGCUCCAGUCUGCAGAGCUUGGAGGUCAGGGACCACAAACCACAUCACUGUCUCUACAGUUUCAUCACACACCAUUGCUCCACUGCACUCCAGUGAGAGACUGGCACCCUGAGGGAGCCAGAGGGAGCCAGAGGACCCAUCAGGGUCCACCAGGAGGAGUCACUUAAAAGUCCUAAGAGAACAUCCAAUUAAUAAACAUGAGAGGAUUGGAGAGGAGUUCUGGUUUGUGGGUAGAUAAACAAGAACAUCGCUUGAUUUGUCAGAGACUUCCAGACUUGGGUGAAAUAAGUGGAUAGUGGUAUCAGGCUACAUGCAGAAUAAAUGUGUGGAGAAAGGAGGGAGGGAGAGAAAGUCUGUGAUGUCAACAAAUGUCUCUGCCUGUAAGGAAAGUGGGACAGCCAGCACUCCUGGAACGACUGGCUGGGUCCAGGAAAAUCUAGCGCAGUGGGGAGGUGCACAAACAGGUCUGACUGUGGUUGCGUCACAAAUGGCACCCUAUUCCCUAUAUAAUUUAGUACUUUUGAGCAGAGCCCAAUGAGCCCUGGUCGAAAUUAAUGCACUAUAUAGGGAAUAGGGUGCCAUUUGGGAAGUAGACUGUGGCUCCUCACAAGAAGCAUGAAACAGUGUGAACUGGGCUAUCUGUAUGUGGCUUAAGCUUCACUCAGUGGUGCUGUGAAGUCGGGGAGCUCUCUGCUCCUCUCUCUGAAAACAACUCAACCCACAGGGGCAAUGGAGCACUGUAAAUUAUAGGGAGUUGGGAGCUAGCUUGAAAGGACACUCAAACAUCAACACAUUGGACAACCUGGGGUGUUCAGCUUCACUGCUACACCACAACCUUUAAAGAAUAUGUCUGAAGAGACCCAUAUUAUAACUGUGACAAUGAAGAGAACUAUGAGACCCAACAAGCAUUGAACAAAAUAUAAACGCAACAUGCAACAAUUUCAAAGAUUUUGCUGAGUUACAGUUCAUUUAAGGAAAUCAGUCAAUUGAAAUGAAUUCAUUAGGCCCUAAUCUAUGGAUUUCACAUGACUGGGAUUACAGGUAUGCAUCUGUUGGUCACACAUACCUUAAACAAAAAGUUAGGGGCGUGGAUUAGAAAACCAGUCAGUAUCUGGUGUGACCACCAUUUGCCUCAUGCAGCGCAACACAUCUCCUUCACACAGAGUUGAUCAGGCUGUUGAUUGUGGCCUGUGGAAUGUUGUCCCACUCCUCUUCAAUGGCUGUGCGAUGUUGCUGGAUAAUGGCGGGAACUGGAACACGUUGUCAUACAGGUCGAUCCAGAGCAUCCCAAACAUGCUAAGUGGAUGACAGGUCUGGAGAGUACACAGGCCAUGAAAGAACUGGGACAUUUUCAGCUUCCAGGAAUUUUGUACAGAUUCUUGCAACAUGGAGCUGUGCAUUAUCAUGCUCAAACAUGAGGUGAUGGCGGUGGAUGAAUGGCACAACAAUGUCCUUCAGGAUCUCGUCACUGUAUCUCUGUGCAUUCAAAUUGCCAUUGAUAAAAUGUAUUGACCAUAGCUUAUGCCUGCCCACACCAUAACCCCACCGCUCGCCCACACGAUGCCAUACACACUAUCUGCCAUCUGCCAUCUGCCCGGUACAAUUUAAACCGGGAUUCAUCCAUGAAAAGCACACUUCUCCAGCAUGCCAGUGGCCAUCGAAGGUGAGCAUUUGCCCACUGAAGUCAGUUACGACGCCGAACUUCAGUCAGGGAUAUAGAACAUUUCUGGGAUCUUUUAUUUCAGCUCAUGAAACAUGGGACCAACACUUUACAUGUUGAGUUUAUAUAUUUUUUUCAGUAUUUUCUUUGAAUUCUGCAAAGUGAAUGUGGAAGAGGUGAACAAAUUAUUGUUGUCUAUCAACAAUGACAAGCAACCUGGGUCUGACAACUUUGUUGAAAAAUUACUGAGGAUGUUAGCGGGCGAUAUUGCCACUCCUAUUUACCAUCUCUUUAAUCUAAGCCUACAGAAAAGUGUGUGCCCUCAGGCCUGGAGGAAAUCAAAAGUCAUUCCGCUACCCAAGAAUAGCAAAGCACCCUUUACUGGCUCAAACAGCCAACCAAUCAGCCUCUUAGCAAGCAUUAGUAAAUGUUUUGAAGAAAUUGUGUUUGACCAGAUACAAUGCUAUUUCACAGUAAACAAAUUAACAACAGAUUUUCUGCACGCUUAUAGGGAAAGGUAUUCAACGUGUAUGGCACUUGCACAAAUGACUGAUGAUUGGCAGAGAUAAAUUGAUAGUAAAACGAUUGUGGGAGCUGUUUUGUUAGACUUCAGUGCAGCUUUCGACAUUAUCGAUCAUAAUCUACUGCUGAAAAAAUGUAUUUGUUAUGGCUGUACAUCCCCUGCUAUAUUGUGUAUCGAGAGUUACCUGUCUAACAGAACACAGAGGGUGUUCUUUAAGCCUCUCUAACAUAAUCCAGGUAGAGUCAGGCAUUCCCCAGGGCAGCUGUCUAGGCCCCUUACUUUUUCCAAUCUUUACUAAUGACUUGCCACUGGCUCUGAGUAAAGCUGCUGAUGACUGUCACAGUUGAGUGUAGAAGUGGUGUGGAAUCAAGCGCAGGACACACAGAGGCUUCGUACUGACGUCUUUAGUGAAGACAAAAAGAACAAGCCAAACACGGCUACAUACAACCUGGCAGGCAAGCGAACUUUACGCACACCGGUAAAGUACAUACAAAGGCACAAAAGUGCGGAGCUCUCUACUACACCGAACAGAGAGAAAAAACGAACUAGUAUCCCACAGUGACAACGAACAAUUACACACAACACUUGACAAAACUCAAGAGAACUUAUAGGACGCAUAAUUAACACUAACAAGGAACAGGUGUAACAAAACAGACAAAACCAAUCAAACAUCGAAACAUAGAAUGGUGGCAGCUAGUACUCCGGAGACGACGACCGCCGAAGCCUGCCCGAACAAGGAGAAGGAGCAGCCUCGGCCGAAACCGUGACAAUGACUCAACACUAUACACGUCAGCUACCACAGCAAGUGAAAUCACCGUAACACUUAACAGUGCUAGCUGUGCCACUAGAGAUCCUGGUUCGAAUCCAGGCUCUGCUGUAGCCGGCUGCAACCGGGAGACCAAUGGGGCGGCGCACAAUUGGCCCAGCGUCGUCCAGGGUAGGGGAGGGAAUGGCCGGCAGGGAGGUAGCUCAGUUGGUAGAGCAUGGCGUUUGCAACGCCAGGGUUGUGGGUUCGAUUCCCACGGGGGGCCAGUAUGAAAAAAAAAAGAAUAAUGUAUGCACUAACUAAGUCGCUCUGGAUAAGAGCGUCUGCUAAAUAAUGUAAAAAAAAAAUGUAUUUGUGAUAAGUAUUGACAUGUUGAAUGCACCGAGCUGUCUGUUUAAACUACUAGCACACAGCUCAGACACCCAUACCCCACAAGACAUGCCACCAGAGGUCUCUUCGCAGUCCCCAGGUCAAGAACAGAUUAUAGGAGGCGCACAGUACUACAUAGACCCGUGACAACAUGGAACUCUAUUCCACAUCAAGAAAUUCUUGCAAGCAGUAAAAUCAGGAUUUAAAAAAAGAUAAAAAUACACUUUAUGGAACAGCGGGGACUGUGAAGAGACACACACACAGGCAUACACACACACACGAUAACAUGCACACUAUAUGUGGUAGUAGAGUAGUGGCCUGAGGUCACACAGUUAAUGUGUUGUGAAUUAUUUUGUGAAAUGUAUGUAAUGUUUUUAAAAUGGUAUAUAACUGCUUUAAUUUUGCUGGACCCCAGGAAGAGUAGCUGCUGCCUUGCCUUGGCAGCAGCUAAUGGGGAUCCAUAAUAAAUACAAAUACAACUGAACUCCUUAAAAACGGGUACAGCAAAACACCCCCCGGAAUAAUUCUUGUUUCUGUCCUUGAAUUUCCCCAACCUUGUCUUUUCUAGCUGGGUCUGCAAAUUAGCAUCUCAUUGGCACCUGAAAAAAGUGCUCUCUCUUGGAGAGGGGUUUUAAUUACUCUAAGUGUAUUAGGAAUUAGAAUGGCGUACCCCCCGUGACCUUGGGAAAGAGCGCUGCCCUCAUUUGUCUCCGAUUGUGCAGAAUGGAUCAUUGGCGUGAUGGCAGGGGCCCAAAUGAGACGUGGCAGGAGGUUUGGAGGAGGCUGGAGGAUCCCGGGUAUCUCAGGGCAGAGCUUCCUCUCCCUCCAACAGUCAAUAAUCAACGUCACAGAUUCCUUUUUUCUGGCGUCCAAUCCUCGUCUCCGGCUCGUUAGUGAUUCACUCGAUCUUAAGUGCUUUGUGUGUCUGGCCUGAACAGGCCUCUCUCUCUCUCCCGCUCUCUCCCCCCCCCCCCCCGUUCUUCCUCUCUCCCAAGAGAGAGGGCCAUCUGCGAGCCUGAGCCAUCUGCAGUUGUUUACUUGCCGCCCCAACGGAGAUUUAAUAAGUUAAUGACGGGUAGAGAUAGAUGCGGCUGUGCCAUUCGACAGGCCUCCUCGUGCGUUGUUUACUUGACAAGUUGCGAUCUACUUGUAAUUAGUUUCUAAUUUAAUAGCUUGUGUUUUAUUAUUACGCCUCACUUAUUUAAUCAGUUGUAAUGAGAUUGCCAGAUCCUCUCCAAGUCUCCAUGCAGGCAGAAUUCCUCUUGGUCUAUGCAAACUGUGGGGGGAGAUACAGUGCCUUGCAAAUAUAUUCAUCCCCCUUGGCGUUUUUCCUAUUUUGUUGCAUUACAACCUGUAAUUUAAAUUGAUUUUUAUUUGGAUUUCAUGUAAUGGACAUACACAAAAUAGUCCAAAUUGGUGAAGUGAAAUGAAAACAAUAACUUUUUCAAAAAAUUCUACAAAAAUAAAUAACGGAAAGUGGUGCGUGCAUAUGUAUUCAUCGCCUUUGCUAGCCCCUAAAUAUGAUCUGGUGCAACCAAUUACCUUCAGAAGUCACAUAAUUAAUUAAAUAAAGUCCACCUGUGUGCAAUCUAAGUGUCACAUGAACUGUCACAUGAUCUCAGUAUAUAUACACCUGUUCUGAAAGGGCCCAGAGUCUGCAACACCACUAAGCAAGGGGCACCACCAAGCAAGCGGCACCAUGAAGACCAAGGAGCUCUCCAAACAGGUCAGGGACAAAGUUGUGGAGAAGUACAGAUCAGGGUUGGGCUAUAAAAAAAGAUCUUAAACUUUGAACAUCCCACGGAGCACCAUUAAAUCCAUUAUUUAAAAAAUUGAAAGAAUAUGGCACCAAGAGAGGGCCGCCCACCAACUCACAGACCAGGCAAGGAGGGCAUUAAUCAGAGAGGCAACAAAGAGACCAAAGAUAACACUGAAGGAGCUGCAAAGCUCCACAGUGGAGAUUGGAGUAUGUGUCCAUAGGACCACUUUAAGCCAUACAGUCCACAGAGCUGGGUUUUACGGAAGAUUCGCCAGAAAAAAGCUGUUGCUUAAAGAAAAAAAAAUAAGAAAAAACGUUUGGUGUUCGCCAAAAGGCAUGUGGGAGACUCCCCAAACAUAUGGAAGAAGGCACUCUGGUCAGAUGAGACUCAAAUUCAGCUUUUUGGCCAACAAGGAACCGCUAUGUCUGGCGCAAACCCAACACUUCUCAUCACCCCGAGAACACCAUCCCCACAGUGAAGCAUGGUGGUGGCAGCAUCAUGCUGUGGGGAUGUUUUUCAUCGGCAGGGACUGGGAAACUGGUCAGAAUUGAAGGAAUGAUGGAUGGCGCUAAAUACAGGGAAAUUCUUGAGGGAAACCUGUUUCAGUCUUCCAUAAAUUUGAGACUGGGACAGAGGUUCACCUUCCAGCAGGACAUUGACCCUAAGCAUACUGCUAAAGCAACACUUGAGUGGUUUAAGGGGAAACAUUUAAAUGUAUUGGAAUGGCCUAGUCAAAGCCCAGACCUCAAUCCAAUUGAGAAUCUGUGGUAUGACUUAAAGAUUGCUGUACACCAGCGGAACCCAUCCAACUUGAAGGAGCUGGAGCAGUUUUGCCUUGAAGAAUGGGCAAAAAUAGUUAUGUGAAUAGUUAUGCAUGCUCAAAUGUACUGUUUUUUUGUGUCUAAUUUCUUGUUUGUUUCACCAAAAAAAUUAUGCAAUAUUUUGCAUCUUCAAAGUGGUAGGCAUGUUGUGUAAAUCAAAUGAUACAAACCUCCCAAAAAUCCAUUUUAAUUCCAGGUUGUAAGGCAACAAAAUAGAAAAAAUGCCAAGGGGGAUGAAUACUUUCGCAAGCCACUGUAGAUACUUAUUAGAGCGGUGUAAUCCUAGGAGCCACUCUGUCUUUAUCUGGGUUGUUCUGUGGUACCGGGGAUUCAGGGAGGGAGCCUCAGAGGCCCAGUGCAUUAGGAAGGGCUUAGCAAGGCAGUGGAGUAGCUACAUGUCUGUAAGCCUCUGUGUACGUCAGUGGUUUGGUUUAUGUACCACGGGGGAUCACGUCAGCUCAAGCUGCAGGGCCAUGGUGAUGAGAGCAGGGGAACUCAACUCAGAGUCAGUCCUGAGAAGCCAUGGAUCCCACUGCCUCUAUUGGUCUCUGAGAGAGCAAGCCAGAGUCAAGAUCACAUGAGGCAGGCAGAGGAUUGCUUACUACUGGGUAAUUAGGCUGCAUCCAAAAUGGCUCCCUAUAUAGUGCACUACUUUUGACUACUUUUUACCCUUUGGGCCCUGGUCAAAAGUAAUGCACUAUAUAGGGUGCCAUUUGGGACGCAUCCUCAGUGUAAGCUGAUUCUUGGUUCCCUUUGUCAUAUGUCCAAGGCCUAGGGCAAGGUAUCCCAACAACAACACAUUUUCUUUAUUGUUGGACAUAAAAGACUGUAAAAACACCAGCAAAUCAGCUCCAAGUGAUUUAAAAUCUGUUCCGAAGUAUUCCCACGCAUAAUAGAGAGAUAUAUGUGAUCGUAUACAAAUUUAAGCAAGGUUUGAAGUUAUUAUGUUUUAGUCAAAUAUUAUAUCUGUUUCGGCUUCUUGCGGUCAAUUUGUAGUCUACAAAUUAUUUGUAAUUAUGUUCCGGCCCCCUGACCAUCCGCUCAAGAAGAACUUGGCCUGCGGCUGAAUCUAGUUGAUGAUCCCUGGCCUAGGGCAUGGGGAUAGGAAGACUAGCUCUGGGGUAACCUAACUGAAGAGGAGAGCCCACAGUGGUCAUAAAAAUGUCCAUCAAUUGGUCUCAUUCAGAGGAUAAAGGCUCUUGAUAUUUUUAAAGACACACCAUAACAAACAUCGACAGUGUGCAAUAGAUCACCUGCUGUAGAAUCGUCAUAAGAUAAAAAGAAAAUGAUGGCCAAUGUUCUGUGGAUAGAGGCGAUAGGAUGGCCACUUGAUGCUUUUAACUGUUAGUCACCAUGGUCUGUUUUUUCUUUUAGGCUAGUAUUGGCCUCUGAACUGAACUCUAAAUAACUCAACAUCCCAUUUGAUAUACCACUAUAGCAAAUCUGAGAAUUUUUCAGUUCACCAAAACCAUCCUAUUUCAGGAUAUUAUCCUGAAUAACUCUGAGCUUUAUUUAGGUUCCCAAGCAGAUACUCCAUGGGAGGCACUAGCGUCUACCAACAGAGUUGAGAGUCGUUUUAAAUUGCUCCUGUAGUCUUAUGUGUUUCUAAUCACGCCUUCCCUCGUUCGAUUUGACCACUCUGGCACCCGAAUGCAGUGACUUAUUUUCUGCUAAUAGUAGUCGGCACCACAUGGGGUACAGAUAUUAGCAUAUUAUUAUUAGCAUAUUAUUGAGCUCUGAAAAUAUUCAAUAGCAAAAUUAUCACCCAGAAAGAAAAAGCGCCCAACUCUCAAAUAAUUUCAUUUGCAGGGGAAGUGCAGAGCAGUGCAGUUCUUCCUCUCCCUCGUUGGUGUUAUUUCAGACAAAGGCUGAUUCCUCCAUUGAGAUUAAAUGUUGGUUUCUUCCUGUGACAUUCUUUGAACCCCUGUGAUUGUGACAACAACACAUUUUCAUUGUUGGUUUGAGGACAGUGUGGUGGCCCCUUCCUCUUUGAGUUCCAUUUAAUGAUGUGCAGCACUGCACUCUUACAGUGAGGGAAAAAAGUAUUUGAUCCCCUGCUGAUUUUGUACGUUUGCCCACUGACAAAGAAAUAAUCAGUCUAUAAUUUUAAUGGUAGGUUUAUUUUAACAGUGAGAGACAGAAUAGCAACAAAAAAAUCCAGAAAGACGCAUGUAAAAAAUGUUAUGAAUUGAUUUGCAUUUUAAUGAGGGAAAUAAGUAUUUGACCCCUCUGCAAAACAUGACUUAGUACUUGGUGACAAAACCCUUGUUGACAAUCACAGAGGUCAGACGUUUCUUGUUGUUGGCCACCAGGUUUGCACACAUCUCAGGAGGGAUUUUGUCCCACUCCUCUUUGCAGAUCUUCUCCAAGUCAUUAAGGUUUCGAGCCUGACGUUUGGCAACUCGAACCUUCAGCUCCCUCCACGGAUUUCCUAUGGGAUUAAGGUCUGGAGACUGGCUAGGCCACUCCAGGACCUUAAUGUGGUUCUUCUUGAGCCACUCCUUUGUUGCCUUGGCCGUGUGUUUUGGGUCAUUGUCAUGCUGGAAUACCCAUCCACGACCCAUUUUCAAUGCCCUGGCUGAGGGAAGGAGGUUCUCACCCAAGAUUUGACGGUACAUGGCCCCGUCCCUUUGAUGCGGUGAAGUUGUCCUGUCCCCUUAGCAGAAAAACACCCCCAAAGCAUAAUGUUUCCACCUCCAUGUUUGACGGUGGGAAUGGUGUUCUUGGGGUCAUAGGCAGCAUUCCUCCUCCUCCAAACACGGCGAGUUGAGUUGAUGCCAAAGAGCUCAAUUUUGGUCUCAUCUGACCACAACACUUUCACCCAGUUCUCCUCUGAAUCAUUCAGAUGUUCAUUGGCAAACUUCAGACGGGCAUGUAUAUGUGCUUUCUUGAGCAGGGGGACUUGGCGGGCGCAGCAGGAUUUCAGUCCUUCACGGCGUAGUCUGUUACCAAUUGUUUUCUUGGUGACUAUGGUCCCAGCUGCCUUGAGAUCAUUGACAAGAUCCUCCCGUGUAGUUCUGGGCUGAUUCCUCACCGUUCUCAUGAUCAUUGCAACUCCAUGAGGUGAGAUCUUGCAUGGAGUCCCAGGCCGAGGGAGAUUGAUAGUUAUCUUGUGUUUCUUCCAUUUGCGAAUAAUCGCACCAACUGUUGUCACCCUCUCACCAAGCUGCUUGGCGAUGGUCUUGUAGCCCAUUCCAGCCUUGUGUAGGUCUAUAAUCUUGUCCCUGACAUCCUUGGAGAGCUCUUUGGUCUUGGCCAUGGUGGAGAGUUUGGAAUCUGAUUGAUAGAUUGCUUCUGUGGACAGGUGUAUUUUAUACAGGUAACAAGCUGAGAUUAGGAGCACUCCCUUUAAGAGUGUGCUCCUAAUCUCAGCUCGUUACCUGUAUAAAAGACACCUGGGAGCCAGAAAUCUUUCUGAUUGAGAGGGGGUCAAAUACUUAUUUCCCUCAUUAAAAUGCAAAUCAAUUUAUAACAUUUUUGACAUGCGUUUUUCGGGAUUUCUUUGUUGUUAUUCUGUCUCUCACUGUUCAAAUAAACCUACAAUUAAAAUUAUAGACUGAUCAUUUCUUUGUCAGUGGGCAAACGUACAAAAUCAGCAGGGGAUCAAAUACUUUUUUCCCUCACUGUACAUGUCUCCCUGGCUGAGUUUCAUCAUACAGCGCCGAGCAGAGAGAGCAUGGAUCAAAGUGUCAUUUGAAAUGCUAUCAUCAAACAGAGCUGGGGCUGCUGAUAACUCCAGUUGUUGAUAAGAAGAAGCUUUGUUUCUUACUGUCUGAUCAGUGGCACAUCAAUAGGGACUGAGGGGAGUGGAGGGGAGAAGUGGAGAGGGUGGAGAACGCAUUGACAUGUACACAUCUCACAGUCCUAAGAGGCUCUUUUGCUGUGUUUCAAAUGACUGUGGAAUCAUCCUUCAUCUCCAUCCUCUGAAGAGGUUGGAGAUUAAUGGACGACGCGGAGCAGAGCCUACUCGCUUUCAAAACCUACAGAAAUGCAAAGAUUACAGUACAUUGGUACAGUACAUUACACUCACUGCAUUUAACAAGACAUGGCCGUGGCUUUAGAAAGUGCUUGUUUGUUUUUGUAGGAAUGCAAAUGGAGUCUAUUUUUGGGUGUCACUUUGUUGAUGUUUAUGCUUUGGCACAGGGUGCAGGCAUCUUCUAUUAUAUAGAUGGAGAGUUCGUUUUUUGUUGUUGACAUUCAUACAUUGAGAAAGCAAGAAUUUCCAUUCUUGCCAAUGCUUUGAUUUGUGGCACUCUCUUUCCCUCUUAUUCUGAGCUUUCAUCUCAUUCCAUUAGUAUUAUUUUAACAAGGAGUGUCAUUGAAACCAAUGUCUCUUUUACAAGGGAACACUGCAUGCAGGGCCGUGGCCAUUCUGAGUUUUAGUGCGGUCCGGAUGGGGCCUCAUGAAAGUUGAAGCUCAUUUACUGCAUUUCUAUAAAAGGUCUAAAAUACUGUACAAUUUGGAGAACAGAAAAAACAAGCAAAAAUGACCCCAACCAUUAUCACUUUGGUUGCUGUAAUAAUUUUAAAAUGUAAAAUAAUUAGUCACCCAAUUCAAUUUUUUUUGCCAUGGGUCGGAAAGAGAAAACAUUUCAGUUUUAAAGCUAUUUUCCUGAAAUUCUACAUAUUUUGCCAUGACUUUUGCCAAUGUAAUAUGAUAUCUGAGUGAAAGUGACUAACUAAAUCUAUGGGGGCCUGUCAUGCCAAAUAGUGUCCCCCGGCCAAAUAGUGCCUCCCUCUGCGUCACAAUGGGAUUCGAUGAGUUCUAGCUUCUGUUGCUAAGGCUGUUGCUAGAACUUGCAAAAUUCUGACCGGAUUACAUAAUUAAAUAAAGCGUCUGUGGCUAUGCUGGUUGCUUGGCUCUAUUUUACCUCGUAGCGGUCGUGAAGGAAGGAGGAUGCGGGCAGUUUCACCACAUAAAUGCUCGCUCAGUCCGCGCAAAAUUAUUACCUCAGAAUUGCUCUCCAAGGACGGUGUUUUUGAUGGUGACAACCUGCUGACUACCUGCUGCUUCAGAGGACCGAAAAGACAGGAAAGAGAACACUCUUUCUUUAACAUAUAUUUGUCUUUAUAUAAGUAAAUAUUGUUAAAUAGGAAGAAAUAAGAUUGAUGUUGCUAGCUACUGUUACAGUAGCCAGCUAGCUAGCCAGACAGUAUUAUUUAGCUAAUGUUAGCUAGCUAGCUAGCUACUGUAACUGUUAUUGUAGCUUUCUGUUUGUAUGUAGCUUGCACUUCAAUGGCAUCCCUCGAGGAGAUUUUAUUUUAUCUUUCCAACCAGGCGAAGUAUUGUGAAGACACCACUGAUCUGGACAAGAGGUGCAACAUUCAGAGAAGAGGUGGGAAGAGAUCAUAUCUAGCUACGGGGGAAGGAUGGCCAGCCACACGGGAGGGUGAUUUUUACUAAGGAGGAGGAGGAGACCAUGCUAACCGAGAUACAACAGCAGCAUCCAGGCCUCCACCAAUUCCGGACGGGAGCCGCAGCUGUUGACUGAGGUAAACAAUGCAAUUGUAUAUACAAUUAUUGCAUAUACUGUAGUCUUUCAAAUUUGUGAUUGACUUAGUGUUGUUGUUUGUCUAUUGCUAUUUUUGUAUAUUGUACUUUCAGAUCACUGAAACCCCACCUGAUGUGGUGGAAGUUGUCGAACCAGAUCAGAACGCCUUUGAGGACCACCUUCAGGCACAGACUUUGUUAAGCUUUGGUUGACAUUUGAGAAAGCAAGAAAUUGUAGUUAUGCUGAGCUUAUAAAAACGUACCUCUUCAAUUUACCUCUCCAAAUGACUUUAGGACCAUCGACUGUCCGAGCCCCCCAGGAGGUAUCCCAUCCACCAGAACCAGUGAGUUCGGAUCAGUCUGAUUCUCUGUGCUCUGAGUCGGAGGGGGACCAGUUUGAGGUAGGCUAUACCUUCCAAAAGUGAUGAAAAGUACAUAUCUCCCAUUUAUAACACUGCACUAAUCCAUCAAAUUUUCUCCAGGUAAAGUGUAACCUGUGUUUUUGCUUGUUUACGUCUCUGUCUCCUACCCUGUUCCCUUUAACUCUGCUCCUGUUCUCCAGGAUCUAGGGGUUCUGCUCAACACCCAGACAUGAAUCCACCUGAUGUCCUUCAUUACCAACCACCCUCCAACUUUUCAUUACAUAAUCUACAGCUACUGUUGUUGUCAUGUUGUCAUUAUCUGCUAAGAAAGUUUUUUGGCUCUAUCAUACUGGGCACAUAAUAUGUGAGAUACACAGAUUAACUAAAAACACUAGCACUGCAAACAAAGAGAGCAGCAGUGCCUGGACUUUGCAGUCUCGCUCUUCAAGUCCCCCUUCUGAGACUAUUUGCCUGUUGAGAACCUCCCACCCACACAGCUACAACCUCCUCUAUAUUCCACACACCAGAAUUCAGUAUUUGAGUCUAUGAUUACCAUGUGAGUGUUCAAUAAAUCUGUGAAAAUAAAUUAAUGACACAACUGUACCAGAAACUAUCAAAAUUUAUGUAUUAAAAUCUUAAAUAUUGCCAGGUUGGUUUUCACAGCUGUUUCACAAGAUUGUAAGUUGUAAGGUAUCCUUUGAUGGUAUUUAUUUGUUCCACAUUAUUCAUUGUUGUAUCCUAGGACCUACAAUAGAUACAUAUAUUCAACCACAAGGCUGUACUAAUGAGCUAUGCGAGAUGGAAAAAAAAAAUCAUAAUAGAGGACUACUGAAAUUAUAUUAUUUCAGUGUAGAUAAGGGAAGGGCAGGUUAAAAUAAAAACAUGACAGCCAGACAAGCCAGAUUUGCAGAUGAAUGGAGUGGACAUGAGCUGUAAGGUAAUUAACUUUAAUGUGUCAAGCAGAUUACACGUUUUCUUUACCAUUCCCGAAACAUAGCAACGUUUAAGACAUGAAUUUCGUGUAAUGUUAACAAGGUACCCAAAAGUAGUUCAAAUUAAUGUUUUCAUUUUAUUAGGUAAACUAAACUUGUUUAAACAGCGAAAUUGUUACGGAAAUCAGCCUUAUUUGCAUAGCGAUGAUGAAAAGAACGUAAUUUAGGCUGUAAUGAUCUCCAAAAUUCUAAUAAUUAGGUCAUCACACUGUUGAUAUAGCAACGGACGCUAAUAGUUUAUCGAAUCCCAUCAUGACGCAGAGGGGGACACUAUUUGGCUGGGGGACAUUAUUUGGCAUGACAGGCCCCCUUGAGAUUAAGGCCCAAUAGGCUAAUUGAGUGACUGUCAGUGAGUGACAUACAGUAUAACAAGAGGAAAACUGGUGAUGCACGACCAAGUUUUGAAAUUGCACCUUGUGUAUUCUACUAUUCUAACUCUCAACAGUAAGUUGAGACUCCAACUGAGUCCCCCCCCCCCUCCAACAUUUGCUUCAUUUGUUAUUUUAUUUUUACGUUUGAAAAUAUUACCUAGGUCAGGACCUUGGUUUCUUCAUAUGUAGCUACGGCAAUGCCUGCAUGUUGAUGUUUGCUUGUGUGUAACUCUAUUGAGGCUGCUUCAGUAGUGCCUGAAGGUGUCUGUCUGUCUUUCUGGAACAGGUAGAAAGUUGGUGACAAAGAAUCAUGACUGUUUCAGCAUCCCACUUUGAAGUUUCAUCGGCCAUCUUCUGCUAAUGCUUGAAUCAUCAAUGACAGUAACAAUGAUAUGUGAGCUCAGGUCUUGGUGUAGCAGUCAAAAACAGUUUGUGUGAUGACAGUGUUAUGUCAGUUUACAUAAGCUGUGUAACUAGCUCUGUUAACAGGUCUUUCUUGAGAGUUCACCCUCGGACCAGAUUUUAAUUCUAGAAUUCGAGGAAUACGGAGGUGUGUUUGUGCCAGAGGGUGUUUUUCUUCAGCCUCAUCAAGUUAAAACAACAGCAUGGCCUCCCCCUCCUCUCUCCUCUACACAUUUAAGCAGCAUAACAAAUGGCACCCUAUUCCCUUCAUAGUGCACUACAUUUGACCAGAGCCCCAUGGGCCCUGGUCAAAAGUAGUGCACUAUAUAGGGAAUCCAUCGCGAUUUGGGCCUUAUAUUGCAGUGAGGGCCAGCCAGGCAGGCCUCCUCUGAGCGAUUGACCCUGUGAAUUCUAGAUGAUGUGGGCUGUGUGGGGGCUGUGGUGACCAUGUUAGCCCAGCAGGUGUGUGUAAAGAGGGAGAGCCAGUACUGGGACUCUGGGGUGGAGGAUGAGGUGCGUAAUUAAUGAGGGAGGGGAGAGAGAGAGGGAUGGAGAGGAGGGAGGGAGGGAGGGAGGGGGGGGGGGGGGGUAGUAUAUAAACGCCUGCCUGCUUGCAUGGCGUGACUGAUGUGAGGAGAAAUGUUUGGGUGGGUGAGAAGCCCCCUGGCCUGCCUAGACUCCCAGUGGAGCCUUAUCAAUGCACCUCUGGCCGCCUCCCUCCCCACCUCUCUCCCUACUCCCUCCCUCCUCCCCCCAGGCUGGACGGGAGGCUAAGUAG